UUUAGUACAUUGAGCUGGCUGCCAUCGUCCCCUUCCCGUUUGAACGACAUCCUCUCCCCCUCACAGCCCCUCACUUCCUGCUCGGCUUCCGUUGUUUACCGUCACGCGCCGCGGGGGCUCACGGGAGAUGUAGUCCUCCCCCUUCUGUCGCCUCUGACAAGCUAAUCGCACAGCUGAGGGGGCGGGCCCGUUGCAUGCCGGGAGAUGCAGUUCAGCUGCCAGGUCAGCUCUGUAUAGCCCAACCCUCAGGACUACAAGUUCAUAGAGGCUUUGCGGCAGACAGCCCUGGCCAGCUGCUGUUGGCUGGGUUAUUGACAUUUUGAACCUGCAGUGAUCAGGGCCAGUUAUUUAGUGAGCUUCCCAGCUAUGGCUGACAUUAUUCAGGGAAAUGAAACCAGUGUGAGCCUGACUCUGCCCUGGGAGCCCCUCCAUUGAAUCCCAGAGCAUGUGAUCCAUCAGGGUAACUUCAUUUUCUCUGUUUUUCUUUUUUUUCAGCCUAAUUUAAUUUCCCUAGAUGCAGGCAGCAGCAUGUGACAGCGACUGAAAGAAUCCCAUUGUGAAUUUACAGAAAACGCCUCCUUUUUGGGGACCGCUCGCUUGUGACAGCAGCCGACAUUGAACGCCAUGUCGUCAACCCACAAACAAGGCGACUCGGGGCUCCUGCGCGGCUCCUGCACACGCUCUUACGGUAGCCUGGUCCAGUCUUCGUACUCGCCGGCGAGAGUGAGAAAGUUGGAGCAUCAGGUUCAACCGGGCGACACGUUACAAGGCUUGGCGUUGAAAUACGGCGUCACUGUGAGUUACAACAAAACACUGUCCCCAAGAGCUAGCAAUUUAAUUUUCAGAUAUCAAUCUAACUUAUAAAUGGAACAGGCAUCUCUUGUAGCCUCCACGCUCAAAGAAUUUUACUAGCCCAAAUAACCAUAGUCAGCCUCCCCUGCCUGUCGCUGACACACCAAUUGGUGGACAGACCUAUCACUAUCGUGUGAGAGCAUAAUGUCUGACAGCAAGUUAUGGGAAUUGUCAUCCAUCAAAUGUUAGAUAUUCCUGGUGUACUGAUUAAAAAUAAAUAAAUUAAUUUAAGCGUAAACCGAAACAUGUUUACUUUGAAGAAGAAGAAAAGAGAGGGAGUCAUGAACGCCCCCUUUAAAAUAGAUGAGGUGCCUUAAUUGAAAUUUACUUUAAACUCUCCUUCAUGCAGAAAUUCACAGCACUGGUGUGACAUAAAUUGAUUUGUAUAGAAUCCACACUUGAAAUAGUUAACAAGUGAUCACAUGAUUGUUAUUUCUAUACAGUACUUCACACAGUUAGAAAUUGAUCACAAGCUAUGUUUUAGCAAACCGAUAUCACAGCGCAUAAAUUCAGAAGGCAGUAUUGCCUAUAUUUUAAACAGAAAUAGAUCGUCUGGAGAAAUCAGCAAUAUAAGAGCAUUUAAAAGUUUCCAUGGCGAUUGUUUAAAUUUGCAUCAGCAUUUUUCUAUGUGGGAGGAGGGUGAGAGGCCGUUCCCAGGGCUCUAAGCAGGGGCUGCAAUCAUUUCAACUAAAAUGAUUUAGUCUCCUGGACAUGUAGUUUUUUUUGUUUGUUUGUUUUUUCAAUACCAAUACCCAAGUUAUUGUUAAUUAAAGUGUUAGUCCAAGCACCAUAACCACUUUAGUGAUUUGAAGUGGUCAUGUGCUAUGUGCAGUGUUUCAGCAUGAGACAUCUAAUGUUGCUGUAACUCCAUCUCCAGCAGAUUCGUUAUCAACAGACAAUUUUCAAGCAGUUCACACAAACCUUCAAUGUGGUACAGAGACAUACUAUGCAAUACAUACACAGUCCACGCAAUUCACAGACACACUCCAUGCAAUUCACAGAUACACACUCUACGCAAUUCACAGACACACUCCACUGGAUGCAGCUCAGACACACUCUACUCAAUCCACAGACACACUCCACUGGAUGCAGCCCAGACACGCAACAUGCAAGUCACAGACACACUCCAUGCAAUGCCGCUCAGACACAACAUGCAGUACACAGACACACUUCUCUAUGCAGCUAAGACACAAUCCAUGCAAUUCACAGACACUUCUCAAUGCAGCUCAGACACAAUCCAUGCAGUACACACCACGCACUUCACAGACACCCCUUGCAGUUCACAGAGACACCACGUUUGAAAUUUUUUGCAAACCGAUGCAAAUUAUUUGAUAAAUUAAAGUACCAUGGUAGCAAACAGUCCUUACCACCCUCAAUUACAGUUAGACAUCAAGCCCCAUUCCUCUUCCCUUUUUCUGACAGGCCGACUGACUCACUCAGUCAACACAAACAAAUGGGACUUUUAUCAGGGAAAUUGUAAACAGCGUGAAUAUUACACUUGUACAUUUGAUACAGACUAUAUAGAGCACAAUUGAUUUAAUUUCAUACCUGUGUUUUGUCCACAGAUGGAACAAAUAAAACGAGCCAACAGAUUGUACACAAAUGAGUCUAUAUUCCUCAAGAAAUAUCUGUACAUCCCUGUGCUGGUUGAACAGGGCGAGUUGUCCAAUGGACUGGAGUCUCCAGAAGAGUCAGGAGACGGGUCAAGCUCCGAGAGGCCAUCUUCAAGUCAGGCUCAAAAAUCGGGGAAGGACAGGAGCAAGCAACAGGAGAAUAAAUCCCAUGCAGGGACCAGGAAUGAGAUAUCCGCUAGUGACUUUAUGAACAACUUGGACACCAAAAUCCGUGUGUCUAAAAGAGCAGCUGUGAAAAAGCUCAAAGAGGUGGAAACGUUGUGAGUAUAAGAUGAAUGGGAAUAAUGAGUUACCUUUGCAUUGCAUUCAUAAUAUAGAUAGAUAUAUGCAUAUAUUUCAAAUCUGACAUCUAAAAAUAAUCACAGGUGGACAUUUCAUGUAACCACUUGCCCUUGUACAGUUAAUUUUUCUCACUUCUCUCUAUGUUUGCCAGCCUUGUAUUCGUAUGUCCAGGAUCUUCCUGUGUUGAGCUCACAGUCCCCAUUGAGAUCAAGGGAAAAUGAAUGCAGGGAGACUCACAGAAACAAGAGAAAAGUGUUAUUGUACUAAAAUAUCAUGGGCAUAUCUUCAGGAAAGUUUGUUAAAGGGACACUCCAGGGACCCAGACCACUUCUGCCCAUUGGAGUGGUCUGGGUGCCAACUCCCACUACCCUUAACCCUGCAACUGUAAAUAUUGCAGUUUUCAUAAACUGCAAUAAAAACAUUGCAGGGUUAACUCCUCCUCUAGUGGAUGUCUCCUAGACAGCCACUAGAGGGCACUUCUGGGAUUAUAGCACAGAUUUUCUGUGCUAUAGCGUCGCUGGACGUCCUCAGGCUAUGUGAGGACCUUUAGCGUCGCUAAAAUCCCCAUAGCAAAGCAUUGAAGGCAUUGCCUCGCAUGCGCAUUAGUUCUCCCCUGCCGGCGGGCGUGAUUAAUCUUCCCUGGCCGGCUGACAGGGACGCGAAACCACCGCCGAGGGACAUCGUCGCUGCCUCUGGUAAGUCACUGAAGGGGUUUUGACCCCUUCAGCAACCAGGGAUGGGAGGUGGGAGGGAGAGGGGACCUGCAGUGCCAGGAAAACUGAUUGUUUUCCUGGCACUGGAGAGUCCCUUUAAACAACACUCCAUUAAAUCCAUAGAAAAUAUGCAUGCAAUUUGUUUUGCAUGUUUUCUCUGGAGGUAUUUUAAAAUUUGGAUUGCAAUAGCUGCAGAUUAAGGUAUGUACAGCUACUGCAAGCUCUCCCCUUCUUACCCAGCACGGGCUUUCUGUGUCUGUCCAAUCACAGGCUUCCCAAUGCAGCUCAAUGAGAAGUCUUUGCAAGGCAGGUGCUAUAGCAACUGGCUGCCUCUUGAGUUUAGCUCCACUGAGCUAACCAGAUCAAUGUUUUAGUGUUUUAUAAUAUUAUUUUUUUUUUUUUUUUUUGUCCACAUGUUUUGGGGAUAAGACAUUCCCUUUAAAUUUUGAACAGAAUUUUUCAGCAUCUUGUGUCACAGGAUGGAGGAGAAAUUAAUUAAGAGAACAUUCUGCCAAUAGAUCUGACCAGUGACAGAGUUCGAUUCUAUAACUAUUUGAAUUAUUGGUAUAUCAUGCCAUAUAAAGGGCAAUUAUAUUCUCCACUAGAUUUCCUGAAUGCACUCAAAAGCCACAAGUGACCCUUCAGAAAAUUACACACUCUUAUCAGUCUUAAUCUACUUCAGUGGAGAUCUCCUAGAAUGUAGCCAUGAUGAACAUAAUCAGCUUAUUAAUUAAAAAUAAGUAAAACCCAAAGGCUUGUGUCUCGCGGUGAAAUGCUUUUUUCAGGAACUACGGUUGCACAAAGAUUGCUAUGAGACAUUGUAGGAUGUGGUGAGGUUAGCUACUGUGCUUAUGGUGUAAGAUAAGCCUGAUAUGAUUGGCACAUCAUAGCAUUUGAAAUAAGGUGGACGUUGAUCUUAAAGUUAUGAUAAAACAUUCAUGGAUUUAUUCGUUCAUUCUAGGAUUCCAGAUGACAUGACCGGAGAAGCCAAAAGUUACCAGAGACCUCCUGACCGCACCAGAGAGUCAUCACCACAAACUCAGCAGCGUUCUUUACUAGGACCUGUUCCUCUCACCAUAACCACACGGGCCUCUACCAUAAAGGACCACGAGGAUGAAAUAUUUAAACUCUGACCGCCGUGUUCUGCCUGGAUCUUGUAUAUUUCUUAUUGCAGUUUCCUUUCUUUUUACGGCGUCAAAUAAUGUUAAAGUGAUAAUUUUACCUCGUACAGUGCCUCUGCUCCUUUUUUGUAGACAUUCAACCAAAUGGGCCACGUAAACUCUUAACUACUGCUCAAACCACCGCAUUCCUUUAGAAGACCCUCAACGUUAAAUGAUGUUCUCUCCUUCUACAAAAAAGUGUGUUUUUUUUUUAUGGAUUUCCUUUGGUAUUGUCUGAAAAGACAUUUUUAAACAGAAAAUGAAAUUCUUGGAAUUAGGGCUUUCAUUGUGAAAGCAGAAGCCAUCUCGUUUUUAAGGAACUUGUUACCACAUGAACCCACAGGGUGGAGCUAAGAGAUUUCAAUGUUAACAAUUAAGUAAUUAGGCAAAGAGACCAGUUCUUUCACAGCUUACAUUUUUAGUAUAGUAGAACAAAUUCAAUGAUUCAGCACAACCACCAAUCUUCACAAUGUCUUCUUUCUACUGAAGUGAAAUAGAGCAAUAGAAAAUGUUACUUCUCGUAUCACGGUCUCUAGACAUUGGCUUUGUUAGGACCCAAUGAACCUCGGGCAUCGUGUGUCACUAUAGUAGUGUAGAAGUGGACCCUGGCACUUAGAGGGGCAACUGCCUAACUAGUAUAGGAAAUCCAUGUGCCGUUUCCUGUAGCAGAGUCCAUAUUGCCUGGAGUUACGCAAAUCAGGUUAACAGUCCAAGAGCCACUGAUAUGAUGUGGUUAUUUGAAGUCAUGUAACCGGCACCAUGUAUGCGCCUUGGCCUUGUUAUCAGACUGUGCUGGGAGAGUGGGUGGAGAGCGUAUCUGUGUGUGCACUAAAGGGUAACAAUUUAGUGCUGCCGUUCAGGGCUUGUGUCUGAAUAGGAAUGUGUGCUGUGUAUGUGUGUAGGGGAAUAUGCUGAUAUUACAAAGACAAACAUUUUCUUAGACAGGUUCUAUGUGCACUGAGAAAGGCCUUGUAAGUAUGUAUUUAUUUAACGCAGGGGGACCCUGCAAAUACUUGACAUACCUGCACUGCUGUUGUGAUAUCUUGUGGAAUGGCGGUAUAUUAAAUGUAUAAAUUAAAUCAA